AAGGGAGCACAUGCAAAAGGUCUUAAUACACAAUACAACCCCUGAGGAAGAUGAAAAGUUAAGAAAUUGUAUCAUCCAGUCAGCUAACAAGACUCAGAGCCUCGUUGAUAAGUGUGCUGUAAUGAAGACUGACCUCAGAGAGAUACUAACUGAACAUGCAGAUUUUUUACAGCCAACAUGCAGCUUCAUUUAUCCAGCACACAGCUUCAUUUUUCCAGUAUUCAGCAUCAUUUAUUCUACAUGCAGCUUCUUUCCUCCAACAUGGAAAUUCAAUCAUCAAACAUUUUUCCAGCCAAGACACAAAGGCCAGAGAGAUUUUAUCCAAAAGGAUUUUUGAAGACAUAAAAGAAAUGCAGAGAAAUACAGAAAGUUUGAAAUCAGCAGGAGAAAUAGAAGAAAUACUGGAGAAAUAGGAGCUAAAGUCUUAAUGUCAGCCGCCCUUGCAGCUCCACCAAAUCGAGGACUAAGUUUAGUUUCUGCUGCUGAUGGUGGAGCUGCUGCUCUAGAUGUAAAUAUACUAAUUUCAGAGGAUAGAAAUUUCAUAGAAAAUGUUGAACUACUGAAAAAGAGCCUAGAAGAAAUAAAGAGUACGUUUAAAAAGCUGGAGAAAGAAUCUGCUGAAGCUCGGGUUGAAAUUACUCCAACUGAAAGAGAUUUGGAUAUCACACAUCGUGUUUAAACUGAAGGAGAUGAAUGAAAGAUUGAUUGAAUUUGAAAAACUGCUACAAGUUAUGGAUAAACUAGUCACACUUACUGGAAGAACCAUCAGAGUCCAUCCAACUCAUGAAGUGGUCAAAGAGUUAAAAAAGUCUGUCCUGCUGUCAGCUGAUCAAUGUCAGGUUAUUGUCAACGAGUGUAAUAAGGUGAAGAUUCAACUCCUAGAGGUUGCUUCUUUCGUCCAACAGUUCAACAGCAGUGAGUCACAGAUGAGACAGAUUGUGAGAGAGUUCCUGAAGAUUGCAGAGGAACUCAGAGAAAUGCAGAGUAAAACUGACACAGUGGGAACUGUUGGAGUUGUAUUUGUUAUUGGCGGGAUCUUAGCAGCUCCGUUCACUACAGGACUGAGUUUAGCUGUGGGUGCAACUGCAGCUGCAGCCACUGUUGUUACUACCAAUGUAAUAAAAAUUCUGUCAGAGAAAGAUAAAGCAAAAGAAGUAAAAAAAUGGGGAGAAGAAUUCAUGGCCAAAGUCAGACUAAUGAUGAAGAACCUGGAGGACAUAAAGACGAUAUGUGAAAAGCUGGAAAAGGAAUCAGCUGAAGCUCAGGCCAAAAACUCUCAGAUUGAUGUGGACGAGUUUCAGAGGACCCUCAGACAGGUGUCGCACCUUAACGAGAUGAGUUCAGGACUUCUGAUUGUAACUGAAACCCUGGAUGUUAUGGGUGGGCUGGUAAUGCUCAUCAAGGAAGCCUUCCGAGUGACUGCGACUCCUGAAGAGGAUCAAAAGUUAAGAGACGCCAUCAAAAAGGCAGUUGAUCAGAGUCAGAAGAUCAUUGAGGAGUUUGAUAAGAUGAGAACAAAACUGAAAGAGUUUACAUCAAAUAAAAGAAAAUAUAUAGACCAAUAAUCAUUAAUCAGAAGCUUCUAUCCUGUUCUAUGUGAACUAUUCAGAUGAAGCUGAAUCCCAGCUGGAAGUGAAGAACAAAACAGUGUGUGUGUCAGUGCUAAUGCUUUCCUCUCAUUUUGUUUGUCCUGGUUAGAAAUAAAGAGAAUCUGAGACAGGAGGCCUGACAGAUGUUCACUUUUACCUCAGUUAAAGUCUCUUUAUUACAAGUUCAUCAAGACUUUAUGCAGCUUAUUCCUGCGCACGACAGAUGACUCUAUACAGGUUAUGGAGCACGCCACCGAGCUCCAAACAACUCCAGUAUUGGCAAUUUAUAGAACAGACCGGCGGUUCAUUACAAGCUUUACUACAGUGUGCUUGUGGAAACGGAGGAUGUGCUGGGAUGGUUAAAUGACUGUAUCGGUGGCUUUAUCUAUGAGAGUAUUUUGGCUCAUUGAUUCACAGAGACUACUGCCUGACCUCAUCAUCCUGACCUCAAUCUGUCGAUCACCAUACAUGUCCUGCUCCACCCUCACAUACUUCUCUGGGACUCCUGACUUCCUCAUCCAGUACUGCAGUCCCUCUCUUUCCCCCUGUUCCUCUCUUUUCUGCUUUCUCUGAACCACAAAGACACAGUGAAGCUCCUUCUGACCUCCUCUAUACUUCUCCAUCAAAAUUCUUAAAGCAAACAUUGCAUCUGCAGUGCUAUAUGUUUGGCAUGAAGCCAUACUGCAGGGUUACGAUUCUUACUGCUAAUUGCCUGCUGUUACAUAUCAAUUUCAGUGUGGAAGCAUGUUAUGACCCGGCUCGAAUACCAGAAUUUCACAGAGAAGAGGUUUAUUACAAAAAAAUGAAUUGAAAACUGUUAGUGUACAGGGCUCUAGACUAACUUUUUGCCAUGGUUAAACUGGUGCAC